CUCCAGGUCGCUGCUCCCGGUCCGCUCCACAGGCUUCCAACCAGAACCAGAGUUUCAGACGGUGACUGCUGGGUUAAACUUUAAUCUGAGCUUCUUGUUCAUGAAGUCCAAAGUUCAGCAACGUCGCCUCCAAGGAAACUACCGCAGGAUUUCCUUUCCCGGUUUCAUCCCGACCUAAUCCUCGGAUCAUCUGGGAUUCUUCCGGCUGGGCCGCGUCGGCCGGAAUGUCGCCGGACUGAAGUAGAACCGGGCCUGGAGCGGUCCGGGAUCCGACCCACAAAGAGCCGCGCAUAAGGAAGGGAUGGAGGCGGAGCCGCAGGCCAGCAGCGGCCUGCUGGACGGACGCUUCAAGCAGCUGCAAGAUGAACGUGAAGCGGUCCAGAAGAAGACCUUCACCAAGUGGGUCAACUCCCACCUGUCCAGAGUCUCCUGCAGGAUCACCGACCUUUACCUGGACCUGAGGGACGGCCGCAUGCUCAUCAAGCUGCUGGAGGUUCUGUCCGGAGAGAGGCUGCCGAAGCCCACCAAAGGCCGGAUGCGCAUCCACUGCCUGGAGAACGUGGACAAAGCGCUGCAGUUCCUGAAGGAGCAGCGGGUUCACCUGGAGAACAUGGGAUCCCACGACAUCGUCGACGGCAACCACCGACUCACUCUGGGCCUCAUCUGGACCAUCAUCCUGCGCUUCCAGAUCCAGGACAUCAGUGUUGAGACCGAAGACAAUAAGGAGAAGCGAUCGGCCAAGGACGCCCUGCUCCUGUGGUGCCAGAUGAAGACGGCCGGUUAUUCCAACGUCAACAUCCACAACUUCACCACCAGCUGGAGAGACGGCAUGGCCUUCAACGCCCUCAUCCACAAACACAGACCUGACCUGAUCGACUUCGACAAGCUGAAGAAGUCCAAUGCUCACUACAACUUGCAGAACGCGUUUAACCUGGCGGAGCAGCACCUGGGCCUCACCAAGCUACUGGACCCAGAAGAUAUCAGCGUGGACCAUCCUGAUGAGAAGUCUGUCAUCACCUACGUGGUCACCUACUACCACUACUUCUCCAAGAUGAAGGCGCUGAAGGUGGAGGGCAAACGCAUCGGGAAGGUGUUGGACAACGCCAUCGAGACCGAGAAGAUGAUAGAGAAGUACGAGUCGCUGGCGUCGGACCUGCUGGAGUGGAUCGAACAGACCAUCAUCAUCCUCAACAACAGGAAGUUCGCCAACUCCCUGGUGGGAGUCCAGCAGCAGCUGCAGGCCUUCAACACGUACCGGACCGUGGAGAAACCGCCCAAGUUCACAGAGAAGGGGAACCUGGAGGUUCUGCUCUUCACCAUCCAGAGCAAGAUGAGGGCCAACAACCAGAAGGUCUACAUGCCCCGCGAGGGGAAGCUCAUCUCAGACAUCAACAAGGCCUGGGAACGCCUGGAGAAGGCGGAGCAUGAGAGGGAGCUGGCUCUUCGGACGGAGCUGAUCCGACAGGAGAAACUGGAGCAGCUGGCCAGACGCUUUGACCGCAAGGCAGCCAUGAGGGAGACCUGGCUCAGUGAAAACCAGAGGCUGGUGUCUCAGGACAACUUUGGCUUCGACCUUCAAGCCGUGGAGGCGGCCACCAAGAAGCACGAGGCCAUCGAGACGGACAUCGCGGCGUACGAGGAGCGUGUUCAGGCUGUGGUCGCCGUGGCGAAGGAGCUGGAGGCGGAGCGUUACCACGACAUCAAGCGCAUCGCGGCCAGAAAGGACAACGUGAUCCGGCUGUGGGAGUACCUGCUGGAGCUGCUGAAGGCCCGCCGGCAGCGGCUGGAGAUGAACCUGGGCCUGCAGAGGGUCUUCCAGGAGAUGCUCUACAUUAUGGACUGGAUGGACGAGAUGAAGAUGCUGCUGCUGUCUCAGGACUACGGGAAGCACCUGCUGGGCGUGGAAGACCUGCUGCAGAAACACGCGCUGGUGGAGGCCGACAUCGCCAUCCAGGCCGACAGGGUGAAGGCCGUCGUCAACAACGCCAACAAGCACUCGGUGGCCGACAGCGGCUACAAGCCCUGUGAUCCUCAGAUCAUCAAGGACCGGGUGGCCCACUUGGAGUUCUGCUACCAGGAGCUGACCCAGCUGGCCGCUGAGCGCCGUGCACGUCUCGAGGAAUCUCGCCGACUCUGGAAGUUCUUCUGGGAAAUGGCGGAGGAAGAGGGCUGGAUCCGGGAGAAGGAGCAGAUCCUGUCCUCCAUGGAGCACGGCAAGGACCUGACCGGGGCGGUGCGCCUCCUGAGCCAGCAGCGGGCCCUGGAGGACGAGAUGAGUGGCCGGGCCGGACACCUGCAGCACACCAUCGCUGAGGGCCGGGCCAUGGUGGAUGCCGGUCACUUUGGUGCUGCCAAGAUCCAGGAGCGAGUCUCAGACCUGCAGGCUCAGUGGGUAGCGCUGGAGCAGCUUGCAGCAGUGAGAAAGAAGAGACUGGAGGAAGCUCUGGCCAUGCACCAGUUCCAGGCCGAUGCGGACGAUGUGGAUGCGUGGACACUGGACGCUCUGCGCAUUGUCUCCAGUGGAGAGACGGGCCAUGAUGAGUUCUCCACCCAGGCUCUGGUCAGGAAGCACAAGGAUGCUGCAGCGGAGGUGGCCAGCUACCGUUCGGUCAUCGACUCUCUGCAUGAGCAGGUCACCCUGCUGCCCAAAGAGGAGGCGGAGUCAGAGGUCGUGCAGGGCCGCCUAGCUGGCAUUGAGGAGCGCUACAAGGAAGUGUCCGAGCUCACGAAGCUGAGGAAGCAGGCGCUCCAGGAUGCACUGGCUCUCUACAAGAUGAUGAGUGAGGCUGACGCCUGCGAAGUUUGGAUCGACGAGAAGGAGCAGUGGUUGAACAGCAUGGAGAUUCCUGAGAAACUGGAGGACCUGGAGGUGAUACAGCACAGGUUUGAGAAUCUGGAGCCAGAGAUGAACAACCAAGCGUCUCGCGUUGCUGUGGUGAACCAGAUCGCCCGACAGCUGAUUCACAGCGGCCAUCCGAGCGAGACAAACAUCAAGACUCAGCAGGAUAAACUGAACAACAGGUGGAGCCAGUUCCGAGACCUGGUGGACCAGAAGAAGGAGUCCCUGAACUCUGCACUGGGUGUGCAGAACUAUCACCUCGACUGCAAUGAGACCAAAUCCUGGAUCAAAGAAAAGACCAAACUAAUCGAGUCCACCCAGGAGCUGGGCAAUGACCUCACCGGAGUCAUGGCUCUGCAGAGGAAGCUGACCGGCAUGGAGCGAGACUUGGUGGCCAUCGAAGACAAGCUGGGUGACCUGCGGGGUGAAGCCCAGAGGCUGGCUGAGGAGCAUCCUGACCAGGCCAGCGCCAUCACAGACCGGAUGGCUGAGAUCACUGCCGUCUGGGACGAGAUGAAGAAUACUCUGAAAACACGAGAGGAGUCCCUGGGCGAAGCCAGGAAGCUGCAGCAGUUCCUGCGAGAGCUUGACGACUUCCAGUCCUGGCUGUCCCGCACUCAGACAGCCAUCGCCUCCGAAGACAUGCCCAACACGCUGUCUGAGGCAGAGAAGCUGAUGGCUCAACACGAAAGCAUCAAAAACGAGAUCCACAACUACGAGGAGGACUACCAGAAGAUGAGAGACAUGGGGGAGAUGGUGACGCAGGGCCAGGUGGACGCCCAGUACAUGUUCCUGAGGCAGCGGCUGCAGGCGCUCGACACCGGCUGGAACGACCUGCUCAAAAUGUGGGAGAACCGGCAGAACCUGCUGUCUCAGUCGCACGCCUACCAGCUGUUCCUGAGGGACACCAAGCAGGCAGAGGCUUUCCUCAACAACCAAGAGUACGUGCUGGCUCACACAGAGAUGCCGACCACCCUGGAGGGCGCUGAGGGCGCCAUCAAGAAGCAGGAGGACUUCAUGACCACAAUGGACGCCAACGAGGAGAAGAUCAACGGUGUGGUGGAGGCAGGCAGGAGGCUGGCUGGUGAUGGGAACAUCAACGCUGAGCGCAUCCUUGAGAGAGUGGCCUCCAUCGACGACAGGCACAAGAAGAACAGGGAGGCAGCAGUGGAGCUGCUGAUGAGACUGAAGGACAACCGCGAUCUUCAGAAGUUCCUGCAGGACUGCCAGGAGCUCUCUUUAUGGAUCAGUGAGAAGAUGCUGACGGCUCAGGAUAUGACCUACGACGAGGCCAGGAACCUGCACAGCAAGUGGCUGAAGCACCAGGCCUUCAUGGCCGAGCUGCAGUCCAACAAGGAGUGGCUGGACAAGAUCCAGAAGGAUGGGACGCUGCUGGUGUCAGAGAAGCCAGAGACGGAGGCGGUGGUGAAGGAGAAGCUGGCGUCACUCCACACCUUGUGGGAGAAGCUUGAGUCCACCACUCAGACCAAAGCUCAGGGUCUGUUUGACGCCAACAAGGCCGAGCUGUUUACACAGAGCUGUGCCGACUUGGACAAGUGGCUGGGCAGCCUGGAGGGCCAGAUCCAGUCCGACGACUACGGCAAAGACCUGACAUCUGUCAACAUACUUCUGAAGAAACAGCAGAUGCUGGAGAACCAGGUGGAUGUGCGCCAGAGGGAGGUGGUGGAGUUGCAGAGCCAAGUGAAGGCCCUUGGUCAAGAGGUGAAGGACACAGAUGAGGUGGACGGGAGGAGACGGGUGGUGGAGAAGAAGUUCCAGGAGCUGCUGGAGCCACUGCGGUGUCGCAGGGACUUCCUGGUGGCAUCCAGAGAAGUCCAUCAGUUCAACCGUGAUGUGGAGGAUGAGCUUCUCUGGGCCCAGGAGAGGAUGCCAGUGGCCACAUCCACUGAGCAUGGACACAACCUGCAGACAGUCCAGCUGCUCAUCAAGAAGAACCAGACGCUGCAGAAGGAGAUCCAGGGCCAUCAGCCUCGCAUCAACGACAUCCUGGAGCGCAGCCGCAGCCUACUGCAGGACAAGUCCUCCAACACCGACUUGAUCCGGCAGCGCCUGGCCGACCUGCAGCAGCUGUGGAAGGAGCUGAUGGAGGAGGUGGAGCAGCGGCACAGCCGACUGGAGGAGGCCCACAAAGCUCAGCAGUACUACUUUGACGCCGCUGAGGCCGAGGCUUGGAUGAGUGAACAGGAGCUCUACAUGAUGUCAGAGGAGAAAGCCAAGGACGAGCAGAGCGCCGUAACCAUGCUGAAGAAGCAUCAGAUCAUGGAGCAGGCUGUGGAGGACUACGCAGAGACCGUCCAUCAGCUGUCCAAGACCAGCCGAGGACUAGUGGCUGCCGGACACCCUGAAAGCGAGCGGAUCAGCAUGCGCCAGUCUCAGGUGGACAAGCUGUACGCCGGCCUGAAGGACCUGUCUGAGGAGAGGCGGGGCAAGCUGGACGAGAGGCUCCGCCUCUUCCAGCUCAACAGGGAGGUGGACGACCUGGAGCAGUGGAUCGCCGAACGGGAGGUGGUGGCCGGGUCUCACGAGCUGGGCCAGGACUACGAACAUGUUACGAUGCUACAGGAACGUUUCCGGGAGUUUGCGCGGGACACCGGGAACAUCGGGCAGGAGAGAGUGGACGCCGUGAAUCGGCUGGCGGACGAGCUAAUCAACGCCGGGCAUGGCGACGCGGCCACAGUGGCGGAGUGGAAGGACGGGCUGAACGAGGCCUGGGCCGACCUGCUGGAGCUCAUCGACACUCGGACGCAGAUCCUUGCCGCCUCCUUCGAGCUCCACAAGUUCUACCACGACGCCAAGGAGAUCCUGGGACGCAUCGCAGACAAGCAGAAGAAGCUGCCGGAGGAGGUCGGCCGGGACCAGAACACAGUGGAGACGCUGCAGAGGAUGCACAACACCUUCGAACACGACAUCCAGGCACUGGGAACACAGGUGAGGCAGCUUCAGGAGGACGCCGCGCGCCUGCAGUCGGCAUACGCCGGAGACAAAGCCGACGACAUCCAGCGACGGGAGGGUGACGUGUUGGAGGCGUGGAGGAGCCUGCUGGAGGCCUGCGACGGACGCAGGCUCCGCCUCCUCGACACUGGGGACAAGUUCCGGUUCUUCAGCAUGGUCCGUGACCUGAUGCUCUGGAUGGACGACGUGAUCCGGCUCAUCGAGGCCCAGGAGAAGCCCAGAGACGUUUCCUCCGUGGAGCUGCUGAUGAACAACCAUCAGGGCAUCAAAGCGGAGAUCGACGCCCGCAACGACAGCUUCACAGCCUGCAUCGAGCUGGGCAAGGCCCUGCUGGCCCGCAAGCACUUCGCCUCAGAGGAGAUCAAGGAGAAGCUGCUGCAGCUCACCGACAAGAGGAAGGAGAUGAUCGACAAGUGGGAGGACCGCUGGGAGUGGCUCCGCCUCAUCCUGGAGGUGCACCAGUUCUCGCGGGAUGCGGGCGUGGCCGAGGCCUGGCUGCUGGGCCAGGAGCCCUACCUGUCCAGCCGGGAGCUGGGCCGCAGCGUGGACGAGGUGGAGAAGCUCAUCAAGCGCCACGAGGCCUUUGAGAAGUCCGCCGCCACCUGGGAGGAACGCUUCUCCGCCCUGGAGCGGCUGACCACGAUGGAGCUGCUGGAGGUCAGGAGGCAGCAGGAGGAAGAGGAGAGGAUGAGGAAGCCACCGGGUCCAGAACCGGUUCUGGUCCAGCAAGACGGACCCCAGCAGCAAAGCGCCGUGACCCAGAACGGACUCCCAUCGGAUCAGGACCAGGACUCUCCUCAGGACGCCGUGGAAGGCGGCGGCCUGGUGAACGGCAUGGUGGAGCGCGGAUCCAAGGAGCCGAGCCCCGCCCCCUCGCCGACCUCGGCCAGGAAGUCAGGCGGCAGCCAGUCGGCCACGAUGCCGGCCCGCAGCCAGGAGGCGCCGGCGCUGCUGGAGGGGCCGCUACACCGCAAGCACGAGUGGGAGGGGCCUAACAAGAAGGCGUCCAACAGGUCCUGGCACCACGUGUACUGUGUGAUUCGCGGCGGGGAGCUGAGCUUCUACAAGGACGGCAAGGCGGCGGCCCAGGGCGCCCCGUACCACGGGGAGGCGGCCUUCGGCCUGAAGGAUGCCGCCUGUGACGUCGCCUCCGACUACAAGAAGAAGAAACAUGUCUUCAAGCUCAGAGUCUCCGAUGGGAACGAGUUUCUGUUCCAAGCCAAAGAUGAAGAGGAGAUGAGCUCGUGGAUCCAGGCCGUGCUGAGCGCUGAGCGCCCCGCCCCCGGCGCCGCCCCGGGCACGCCGCCCUCCGGGCGCGCGCAGACGCUCCCGGCCAGCGUGUCGCUGCCCGCCGAGUCGAGCCCGGGGAAACGGGACAAGGAGAAACGCUUCAGCCUGUUCAGCAAGAAGAAACAGUAGAAGAAGAACCACAGGGGGCGCCGGAGGACCCGCGAAGCAGCAAGCACCCGACCUGACCUGACCAGACCAGACCCGACCCAACUCGACCGUACCAGACCCGACUCGACCCGCUUCAGAGCGUUGCCUCUCAGCUCCUGCUUCCCUGAGACCCAAACUGCACAUCCAGAACUUCCUGAAACAUUCAUCAGCUGUUCACCUGUUCUACAGAACCGGUCCAGAACAUACCCAAGACCAAAAUCCCAAACUUUUUUUUCCCAAACCGGACCCCAGACCAGGAUUUAAAUCUGGUUCUGCUCAACCAAUCCCGAACCCAGACCCAUCGCUGGUUCUAGUCCAGACCAGGUUCUGAAGCUGGUUCUGCUCCAGAACCAGAGAGGCUGGGAUAUAAAACUGCUUCUGCAAGAAAACCCACCCAGAACCAGGUCCAAACUCUGGUUCUGCUAGGUCCAGUACAGAUCUGGACCCGUCUCUGAUCAGAACAGGUCCGCUGAUCGGACAAACCAGAACCACCAUUAGUAAACUCCGGUGUGCUAAUGAUGUCACUGAUGAUGUCACAGUGACCGACCAAUGGUAGAGGUGGACAGCUGAUGAGCGUGUCGCCAGCGUCGACCCGGUUGUUGGUUCCGAAUGGUUCUGAUUGUGUUGUGUUUCUCUUUGGAACGCAGAUGGCCUCUCUGCCCCCUGAUUGGUUGAUGGUGGGCCUGCGGGCGCUGUGAUUGGUCCGCCUGACCUGGGCGGGACCAGCCGCUCCGGUUCGGAUUUUCCUGAACUUGUUUUUGUAUUUUCGUUGUUCUUCGGUUCUGAAGGAGAAACUGGACCAACUUUUUACAGCUUUGGAGUUAAACGUUCACCUGCAUGUUUCACGUAAGCUCACCUGACCGACCGUCUUCUUCUUCUAUGGUUCCGCGCCGCGCAUCGUAACGUAGCGAACAUGUAUGGAAGUUCGUGUUUCUGCACAAUCUGAGCUGCAUCGUUAGGAAUGACCUAUUUAAAGCUUUUCUCAUGUAUGAAGCUGCACCUGUUAAAGCUGCCAACUCAUUAAAGCUUUUAAACUAUGACCUCA